AAUGUCGGAUGAAACUGAAUUAGAUCCACAUAACAUUUUCAUCAAAGAUCCAGAUGAAUGGAUGCAGUAUGUAUAUAAACAAGUAAAUGUGUUAGUAGAAGAUGGGUCUGAAUACACAGGUUGGGUGUAUACUAUAGAUCCAGUGUCAGAAUGUAUUGUAUUGAUGACAUUCAAUGACAAUAAAACCAAAAUGGACAUAAUAAACGGCAGCUCUGUGUCAUCAAUAUCUAUCAUGGAUGAGGAUACUGAAUUACAUGUAAAAGCAAAGCUAAAUGCUAUGUUCCGACCAAAGGAAACCAGUUUACUCACAGAGGAGGAACUUGAAAGUCUAAAGAAACGACUGAAAUUGUGGCUAAUUAAGAAUAGGCUUCCAGUGCAACUUACAGGAAAUAAAGACGAAAUUUUGUCCAUUUCUGAUGCACUGUUUAUUGAGCCUCCUUACGGUGCAGAUAACUGUCGUAGCACCAAUGAAAUUAUUCUUGGUCGUAUCCAAGGUCUUAUAAAGAAUAUGCCUGCAGACCAUGAAGAUUGGUAGAGAAUUUUGAAAUGAAAUGUUUUCAUUUAAUAAAUAUCAUGAAAUUGAAAUCAUUGUAUAAUAUCAUUAAAUUGCAAUCAAUGAAAUCUG